ACAUUGUUUCGCUACUUGUAUCAUUAACAGGCUUAGCGUCAUCUUGACGUCUUAGCAGACGUCCUAGAUACGUUAGGAACUUUUCAUCUGACUGAUAAAUACUGGUACAGAUUGGAUUGACGGAUAGUGUUUUGCUUAUUAGUAACAGCAAUUCCACUCGAAAUCGAUGUAUUGCUUGAUGUGGAUACUGUAUUACGGGUAAUUGUUGUACACGUGUAAGCUGCUAUAAUGGACGCUCUGCCUUCUGAUAUAAUUGCGAGAGUUAGGUUGGCUUGGUGUUAUCUAUUUUAAUUACCGGUAUAAUAGAGGCUUUAUUGAUUUUCUGGCGACUCGAUUGUGUAGUGUUAUUACUGGGCUUGGGUCGCGUCUACUAUAUAUCAGUGGACACCGAUCGGUCAGCAGCAACAACAGCGGCCAAAACGGUGAUAUUCACGACAGUACCGUGAUCGUCCACAAACCCCAUCAGCUGACAGCGAAGACGCCGAUGAGGACAGAAGCGGAAUCAAGGUGAACAGCAGGGCGAGCUCUUGCCACUAUAUGUCAAUAUUAUUGUGCGCCCAAAGGUAAGCCUUGCUCCGCCCACCAACAAGCCAGUACUGCUCGUGCCAGAAGAACGAGGCCACCGACGGCCGCACCUGUUCCGUUAAUAGCCCUGAACGUGAAGAUCACCUCGGCAAGGUUCAACGUAACAGUCAGUACGAAGACCUGAUCCCUGAAAGCUGCUAAGAACAAUUACAGCGUCAAAAUGUUGACAGCCGGAACGUACAAGACGGAAAUGGUAAACACUCGUGUGCUCUGAGUAGUCGUAGCAGCAACAGUAAAAAGAAAAAGAGUUGCCAGGGAACGCCAAUUGCCGAUAUCGCAGAAAGCAAAAUGGAAUUUGGAGCUGAUGAGAACGACUUAGUGCGGUUGACGCUUGGCGAUGAUUCUGCAACGAUUCACCUAUUUGGUGCAACAAUUAUCUCGUGGAAAACAGGCGCUGUUAAAGCAGAACAUAUUUAUUUAAGCAAAACUGCUAUUUUCGACAAUAAAAAAGCCAUCCGUGGAGGAGUUCCUUUUGUAUUUCCCAAUUUCGGUCCGUGGUCUCUAGGACCGCACCAUGGUUUUGCCCGUAUAUCAAUGUGGUCUCUCCAAAGACGGGAGCCUUCCAAGGCUGUAUUCAAGCUUACCGAAACUCAGACCUCACUCGACAUGUGGCCUUUCAAGUUUGAGGUAUUCUACACUGUGGAGCUCGCUACCGGAGCCUUACACAUGCGUGUAGAUGUGUGUAACACUGAUGAUAAAAUAUGGGAUUUUACUCUUCUACUGCAUACCCAUUUGAAGGUGGAAGACAUUGCCAAAACGAAAAUCCGGGGGUUAGAUAAAGUGAGCUACAUCGAUAAGCUUAAAAGGGGCAGCAACGCCACUCAAGUUGGAGACGUCAUUAUUACCGAAGCUAUAGACCGGAUCUACCGUAACACGGCCGAUGUUGAAGUCUCUGAUGGCUCUACGACUAUACUGGUCGAGAAGAACGGUCUGCCCGAUACUGUCGUCUGGAACCCUUGGGUAAAGGGAUGCGCUUCAAUAAGCGACCUCGAUAACGAUGCUUGGCAGAAAAUGGUUUGCGUCGAAGCUGGGAAAGUUACGGAGCGGGUUAUUCUUCAACCUGGAGAGAUUUACAUUGCAAAGGGCACACUUCGCUUGAUUGACUGACUCAACGCUCUAAGCUCAAAUAAACUACAUCAAUAUAGCUAAUGCUUACGUUAUUUAUAGUGUUUAAUCGUACAUCGGUGACCGUGACCUAUUGGAAAGAAGUUGUUUUGAAAAAAAAAAGGAUGCAAACGAGUCAAACCGUAACGGUUCUGUUA